AACAUAAACACCUUCACCCUCCUCUUUUAUUACUCACCCCUCUCUAUCAGGCACUAUCUGUUUGUUAUUUGCUCAAUUGUACACGAGUCUCAUAUUGUUGCUCAACAUACAUACUAGGUAUAUAUCUUGCAAAUUGAUAGAGAAUCUCGAUUUAUCCUCUUACCAAGUUCUUCAUCCUCGGUUUAUUUACCCUCCCUUCUCCUUCCCCUUGCAUUGCAUUAGAACAGAACAGCAAACAAACCACCUAUCCACACCUUCUCAACAGGAAUCUGGAACAAAAAAGGCUUUAACUACCAAAAGGUCCCGCAGUUCAAUAUGGCUACAAAUAAUAUGCAUAAUUUGACUACGCUCAUAAAACGGUAACAAUACUUUCCUUCAUAUCUUCUGUCCUCUUUAUUCAAGCCAUUCAACAAAUCUCGAGUCCAUUCUCCAACUCCAAAUUCUAAAAGGCACACGCACAUCACCAUACACCAUCUCUCAUCCACUAACCCAACCAUGUCAUCAAUCGAUCCUCGAAUAACCAGCAACGAACUAACCUUCAUAAUCUCCAGACUCGAAGCCGCGACCUCACGCUUAGAGGAUAUAGCCUCAUCCACUAUUCCCCCUCCCAGUACUCCCAAAACAAAUGGUACAACAAACGUCGCAUCUCCUACCAUACAAGCCGCCACUCCUCCUCCUCCUACAGUUGUAGCCCCGACUAUCCAAACCAUUAUCGAAGAUCCAAUUCCUGAAUCAAUCAGCGAAUUCGAUGGUCUCAUUCAGGGGCCUGUGAAGAAAUAUGUUAAUCUUAGUGAUGAGAUUGGUGGGGUCGUUGCGGAACAGGUAGGUCUUUUAGAUGUUUAUUUUUUCUUCAGAUAGCCUGCUAUCACGGCAGUGGCCUAGCUGGAGAUGAGGGGUAUCGAUACUUGAGAGUUCGCGAGGCACCAUAUCAUUUGGAUUAAAUAUUUGAUUGAUGAAGGAUAUUACCAUAGGGGCAAGCCCCCAAACCCCCACAGCUCGCUGCGCUCAAAUAUUUUCAAUGCAAUUAGUGUGCUUCCACGGCAAUGGCUCCCGGAGGGUCAGCGAAACGUCAUUCAACUGGGUGGAUUCAGAAAUAUAUGCUAACGUUUACUGAACAGGCAUCCGGUGUAUUGAAAGCAUUUGUCGGGCAGCGAAGAUACAUUUUAAUUACUACGAAGUCGAAGAAACCUGCUAUGCACGAUGAACCAUUUCAAAAACUCAUCAAGCCUCUUCAAGAUUCAUUCACUGCUGUUGACGAUAUUCGCAAAUCCAAUCGUGAAUCACCGUAUUUCAAUAAUCUCAGUGCUGUUUCGGAAAGUAUCGGUGUACUUGCUUGGGUUACAAUGGAUAGUAAACCAUAUAAGCAUGUUGAUGAAUCAUUGGGAUCGGCCCAAUACUAUGGAAAUAGAGUAUUGAAGGAAUUCAAGGAGAAGUAAGUUAAUCAUAUUGAAAUAUUAUCAGCUGCCACUAAUUUCUCUCCACAGAGAUCCAAAACAAGUCGAAUGGGUUCAGGCAUUUUAUCAAAUCUUCAAAGAACUUAGCGAAUAUGCUAAGAAUAACUUCCCAAACGGUAUCCCAUGGAAUCCAAAGGGAGCAGAUUUAGAAGAUGCUAUCAACGAAGUAGAUUCGACCGCUCCAGCCCCUACUGCUCCUCAUCCAAAAGCUGGCAGUGGAGGAGCCGCGGCACCACCACCACCACCUCCCCCUCCUCCUCCACCAGUUUUCGACGACAUUCCAACAAAAUCUGCACCAAAGCAGGGAGAUGCGAGUGCUGGAUUAGGAGCCGUUUUCUCUGAAUUGAAUAAGGGAGCAGAUGUUACGAAGGGAUUACGCAAAGUCAAUGCUGAACAGAUGACACAUAAAAAUCCAUCUUUAAGAGCAGGUGCUACUGUUCCUACUAGAAGUGAUAGUCAAUCUAGUAUUAGUUCGAACCGUGGAAAGAGUCCUGCUCCUGGUAAAAAACCUAAGCCAGAGAGUAUGAGAACUAAGAAACCUCCUGUUAAGAAGUUGGAGGGUAAUAAGUGGUUCAUUGUAAGUUGUUUUGCCAUGGAGAAGUGGUCCGGAGUUACUAAUAUUUGUUAAAAGGAAAACUACGAAAAUGAAUCAUUGCCAAUUGAAAUCGAAGCCUCAAUUUCGCAUUCGAUCCUCAUUUCCCGAUGCUCAAAAACUACAAUCAUAAUUAAAGGAAAAGCAAACGCUAUUUCUAUCGAUAAUUCCCCUCGCCUUUCCCUAAUUAUCGAGAGUCUUGUUUCAUCAAUUGAUCUUAUUAAAGCACAAAAUUUCGCGCUUCAGGUAUUGGGGACAUUACCAACAAUUAUGAUGGAUCAGGUUGACGGGGCACAAAUUUACCUUGGGAAGGAAAGUUUGAAUACCGAGGUUUUCACGAGUAAAUGUAGUAGUGUUAAUGUACUAUUACCGGAUUUGGAAAGUGAGGAGGGUGAUUAUAAGGAGGUGCCAUUACCGGAGCAAUUGAGGACUUGGAUUGAAGAUGGGAAGGUUAGAAGUGAGAUUGUGGAACAUGCUGGUUAGACAGAUGGAUGGCGUGUUGAUCUUUUUGCGCGUUCGGAGGGUGUCUAUUGGAUGGGCGGAUUGAGAAAAUUUAGAGAUUGGAGGGUUUGUCGUGAGGAAGAAUGUAAUGUGGGAUGGUUUUUGAUGAUUGAACGAGGGGACAGAGAAGGGAUAUGUUAUAUUUUCGUAUAUUAGCUGCAAUUUCGGAUGGUGUUGAAAGUUGUAUUAUACAUUGCUAUGUAUAUAUGUACACUUGACACCCGCCUGAUUGGCUGACUGGUAGAUUUUAAAACGAGAAUUUAAAUACAUUAUACUG